UGUAAACUUGUUUAUAGGCAUUGCAUUUGUUUAUCAAAAUGGCUGAAUCUAAUCCGGAGACUGCUGAAGUGUCCGGGCGAAAAAAGGACAUUCUGUGCCAACCGUGUUUAAACAAGGAUAACCAAACGACAAAAGUCGCUGAAAAGUUUUGUUCAACUUGUGAUGAAUUUCAGUGUUUGGAUUGUUCUAACGUUCACUACACACACGCCUUCUUAAGAAAUCACAAGUUAGUGAACGCGAAUGAGGCGAAAACGAAACAAGGCUCGUUUGAUAUGAAAGGAUUAGACCAAUGUGAUCAACACCGGGAAAUCGUAAAAUUCUUCUGCGAAGAUGAAAAUCAGCUCUGCUGCAGCACCUGUGCUAUUGCUGACCAUCGUAAAUGUCACAGCGUUGUUGAAAUUCUAAAGGUCGCUGGAAGGUCAACCUAUAGAAGUUCAACUUUAAAGGUUAAAUUGGAGGAAGUGAGAGAGAAGGCUAACAUUAUCGUAAAUAGCUUUGUCUCAUCAAAAGAGAAACUAGACGAAGAUGCUAAAGAAAUACCAGUGAAAAUCAGGCGAAUGCGGGACGAAGUAAUGGCAAUGUUUGCCGAGUUGGAAAUUUCCGUUGUUAAAGACAUUAAAUUGUUUCAGAAAGAGACAUUAGAAAAGCUGACAAUAAAGCAGUCACAGAACGAGAAAUAUCUAGCUGAUAUAACAAAGUUGCUGGAAACGAUUGACAACGUGUAUCAGAAUGGAUCUCUGGUACAACAGUUUAUAGUAGAGCAGAAGUUGAAGAAUGACGUCAAUGUUCUUCACAAAAAUGUCGAUGCAGAAUGUCAAGGUUUAGAGACCGUUACUGUAACCUUUGAUUUUGAUGAAACAUUAAAACUUCCUCCGCUGCCAGUCACUGAUUAUGUACCAGGACAACUGACUCUGUCAUUCUGUCUAUCAGAGGUAGCCCAAACUAUAGUUCCUGUUAACAAAGCAAUGAUACUAUCACCAGUAAAUUCCAUUGAUAUAAAACAGAAAGAUGAUGAUGAAGAAGAGCCAUUAUAUACAGGGAUUGAUUUUUUACCUGAUGGUAGACUUGUUGCUGUUGAUAAUAAAAAUAAGAAAUUCUUAGUUUACGAUGAGAAGCUUGAGAAAGUAGGAUCAUAUCAGUUAUCUUACUAUCCAUACUCUGUUGUUGCUGUAUCUGAGGAUGAAGUAGCGAUAACAAGUAGUGGUGCAUUAAAGUUAAACAUUCUACAUGUAAACAAAUCUAAUGGUAUAACUUUAGAUAGAACAGUCAAAGUGACAACAGAAUAUGACGCGAUAUGUCAAAAAGAUGAUACAUACUUUGUCGGCGGGACAAGUGAUCAUUCAACACCUAUUCGUAUGAUAUCAUCUAAAGGAGAAGAGAAAGAUUUCAGCAUCAACUUCCCUAACAAGUCAUAUCCUUUAGGGACAAGUGCUUGUACUUACAUAAGGAGCAGUGACAAAGUGGUACUUACAGAUAGAUACGAUCAUACAGUCUACAUAUAUGACGUCAAGACAAACACGAGAGUCGUGGUGAAGGAUGAUCAGAUAAAGGAACCACGUGGUGUAACAGUUGGUCCCUAUGAUACUAUCCUGGUUUGUAGUAUAAGAACAAACUCUAUUGUACAGAUAUCACAAACAGGUCAGAUCUUAUCAUCAAACAAGAUAGAUAUGAUAUAUCCCAGAACAAUUUGUGUCUCAAGUGAUAAAUCAUAUCUUGCAAUAAAAAACGCAUGUAUCGGUAAGAGAAAACUAAAGAAGUUUAAGAUAUUAUAUUGAUGACAUGGAUUAUUACAUUAUUAUGAUUAACAAUUAAUGAACCAUGAUAAGUCAACAGUGUAAAUAACAAUAUCAAAAGUUGAGCAUUCUUUUUUAAUUUGUGCAACUUUAUAUUCUAUAAAUGAAAGGUCUGUUUUUUGAACAGGAAUCAAAAAGAAAUCAACAUGUUGUUUAUUACUGAAAUAUGUAGAUAUAAUAAAUCAUUAUCAAUAUUGUAUAUAAAUUCAUUAAUUUGUAUUAGUCUUAUUAUCAUCUAUGACAUCUGACAUUUUGAAAUUUUCUUCCGCAUUAGCAUCACCCAUUAAUUGAUUGUAAACAUUUGAAUAUCAUAAUUAAAUGGACAAAUAUUACAUGUAUCUCAUCUUAAAUACUGUCAUUACCAUGGAAUCAGCUUGUAUUACAGACAUCAAUGUUUUCAUAAAGAACAGUUUCCAGACGAACCGGUACAACAUAACUGAAUUUUUUAAAAUUUAAUGUACUUAUAUACGCUAAAGUAAUAUUUCAUUCAACAAAACAUUCUGUUUUAAAUUCAAUAUUGAAUAGCUUUUUAGAGUGUAAACUGUAUUAUAAAUGAUUAAUUUUGUAUUACAAAUGUAAUGUAUCUCAAUGUUUGUACUAGUCAAAAUAAAAUUUCUAUUAUGUU